GGUCGAGGCGGGCGCAGGGGGCGGGGCCGCGGGGGGCGGCGGUGUACUUGCUGCGCAGCUCGCAGCUGAAGCCCGUCCUCGGCUGUCAGCGCGGCUUUGCGGUUCGAGCUCCAAGAGGCCUGCGGGCUGCGUCCACCAUGUUGUGCCGGGCGGCGUGCAGCGGAAGCAGGAAGCUGGUGCCGGGCCUGGGGGCUCUGGGCUCCCGGCGGAAGCAUAGCCUCCCCGACCUGCCGUACGACUAUGGCGCCCUGGAGCCCCACAUCAACGCGCAGAUCAUGCAGCUGCAUCACAGCAAGCACCACGCGGCCUACGUGAACAACCUGAACAUCGCCGAGGAGAAAUAUCGGGAGGCGCUGGAGAAGGGUGAUGUUACAGCUCAGGUAGCUCUACAGCCUGCAAUAAAGUUCAACGGCGGAGGCCACAUCAAUCAUAGCAUUUUCUGGACAAAUCUGAGCCCUAACGGUGGUGGAGAACCCAAAGGGGAGUUGCUGGAAGCCAUCAAACAUGACUUUGGUUCCUUCAAGAACUUUAAGGAGAAGUUGACCGCCGUAUCUGUUGGUGUCCAAGGCUCAGGCUGGGGCUGGCUCGGUUUCAGUAAGGAACAGGGCCGCUUACAGAUUGCUGCUUGUUCUAACCAGGAUCCCCUGCAAGGGACAACAGGUCUUAUUCCACUGCUGGGAAUUGAUGUGUGGGAGCAUGCUUAUUACCUUCAGUAUAAAAAUGUCAGGCCUGAUUAUCUGAAAGCCAUUUGGAAUGUAAUCAGCUGGGAGAAUGUAGCUGCGAGAUACACGGCCUGCAAAAAGUGAAACGUCAGCCUUACCCUGAGUGCAUCAGGCUCUUUAUGACUAUGUUUGUAGUAGUGCAGAGAACCACGUAUACCAGUAAGCUGCUCCACUGUAGUGUUUCUGAGUGUGGCUUAUUCAAAUAGUUGAUAAACAUAAUUUAGUGCUGUGAAUAAUCUCUUUUAAAAGCUUGUUAUUAGGCAACUGUUUGAAAAUGUUAAAUGCUUUGUAUAAUUUAAUCUUUUGAUUGAACAUUUUCUUCAGAGAGCUACAAUAGUUAGGAGAUUAUAAUUUUCAUCAUAAAACCAUGAAGGAUGUUUCAUCCCUAUACUGUUGGGGUGUCUAAGGAAGCCUUUCUAAUCCUGUUCUAUUGCAGUUACAGAAAAUCUGGUCUUUUGCCCCAUUUGUUUAAUAAUAAAAUAUUAAAUCUAUUUCCCAAGGGAAAUAUUCAGUUUUCUAUUGAAAAUUGCUCUUUUUGUAGGUAAUCCUCUGUCCAGUAUUACUUCGGGUGGGUGUCACCCAGGGGUCUUUAGUUACUUAUGAUCACAGGUUCUGCAGGGUUAACACUAACCAUUUCGUCAUUAAAAAUAUAUAUAGGGCUUCCCUGGUGGCGCAGUGGUUGAGAGUCCGCCUGCCGAUGCAGGGGACGUGGGUUCGUGCCCCGGUCUGGGAGGAUCCCACAUGCCGCGGAGCGGCUGGGCCCGUGAGCCAUGGCCGCUGAGCCUGCGCGUCUGGAGCCUGUGCUCCGCAACGGGAGAGGUCACAGCAGUGAGAGGCCCGCGUAACGCAAAAAAAAAAAAAAAAAAAUAUAUAA